GCUUUCAUAAACCUGCAGUGGUUAAUUCGUGUUGGCAUAUUAAAACCAAAAAAGUAAGCUGUUGACGUGGAUGCGCCUAAUUCAGUCAAAGCCCAAAACCGAUAAACCUCGAAAGCAUCUGCGCCGUUGGAUAGGAUCAAAUCCUCGAUCUCCAUAUCUUGGCCGUCAGAUCUCCUUCUCAUAUGGUCCCCGCACAAACCCAACUAAAUAAACCGCCCAAUCCCAGCUCUUAAGCCUCCGACGCACACCUCCGACACUCCACUCAUUCCACCUUGGCGUUGCCACACCUCAGAGUUCCAGAACAUUCUAGAACGAGUGGAAGGGACAGGAGACAGAAGUCAGAUUCUCAUGGCUGAUACAAUCACCCAGAGAUCCACUGGAACAGUGAAAUGGUUUAGCGCACAGAAGGGAUUCGGGUUCAUAGCCCCCGACGACGGCGGCGACGACCUGUUUGUCCACCAGACGGCCAUCCGAUCUGACGGCUUCCGCACUCUGUCAGAUGGUCAGCCCGUUGAGUUCACCGUCGAUCUAGGCGAUGACGGCCGUACCAAGGCCAUCGAAGUCGCUGCCCUCCGCAGGUCCCGUCGCGGAGGCGGUAGAGGGAGAGGAUCAUACGCUUCUAGAGGCAGAGGUGGCCCAGGCGGUGGAAGAGGUGAACGUGGUGGAUACGGCGCUUAUGGUGGCUAUGGUGGGUAUGGUAGCGGUGGAGGUGGUGGUGCGUGUUAUAAUUGUGGAAGGAUGGGGCAUUUGGCGAGGGAUUGCUACCAAAGCAGUGGCGGCGGUGGUGGAGGCGGCAGUAGUGGAAGGAGGAAAUACGGCAGCGCUCCUGGUGGUAGAGGCGGCGGUGCGUGUUACAAUUGUGGAGAGGAAGGACAUUUUGCGAGGGAUUGCCCUAACGGUGUCGAUCAGAAAUGAGAAGAUUUCGGGUCCACCUUUUCUUUAUAGUCCUGUUUUGCAUUGUGGAUGUCUGCUUCGGGAUUAGCUAGAGUGGAUCAGACGCUUGAUUCUUCAUCAAUUGGUUUUGAUUGACAGAAUUUGGGUAUUUUGUCACUCACUAUUUGGUAAUGUUGGUGAUUAUUUUCUUAAAUACAUGAUUAUUCUUUUCUUUUAGUAAUUAUUCUUCAUUAUUUGUUAUCUUUUACUUAUUGUGCAAAUAUGAAAUGAAAAGUUGUACUUAGUGAUCCAA